CUUAGAAUAUCAAGCAAUUCAAUAAGAUCUAUGAAAAGCCCAAGAUAUGAAUGAAAACCAAUUAAUAUAUAAUUCUGAUAUGUCUUCUUAUGAAUUAAGUGAAGAUAAUUCCAUGAGUGAAGAAUCUGAAAAAGAUGAUGUUAUAGACGUUUUACAUGUUUAUCCAACCCAAGAUGAUAAUGAAAAAUCAUUAAAAAAGAAUAAUAUGAAUAGACUUAUUCCUUAUGUAAAUAAUGAGUCAUAUAAGAAAGUAUGGACAUUAAUUCGUUCAUCUGUAAUUAAUAUGUUCCUUCCAUUUAUUAAUGGUGUAUUUCUAGGAUUUGGUGAAAUAUUUGCACAUGAGAUUUCUAUCCGAUGGAAUAUACUUGGUGCUAGACAAAGACCACAUCGUUUAAAUAAAAAUGUAUAGGAUUGAUUAAUUGUUAUUUAUUUUGAUGAUAUGAUAUUCCAGAAA